UAUCAAGUACCCAAGAGUGCCCAGCACACAGUAAAGGCUCGAGUUUAACCAUCCAUGAAUUGUUGCCGGACAUCACCAAACCCUUCCUGGGUUUUUCCCACAGUAAACCUCUGCUGCUUUGGAUUUUUCUCAAUGAUGAAACCAUCAGAGCCAUUUGUCAUACCUUAUUUAGCAGGACCAGAUAAAAAUAUAAGCCUCAGCAUGAUCACCAAUGAGAUCUUUCCAAUUUGGACAUACUCUUACCUGGUGCUGCUUCUCCCCGUGUUCAUCCUCACCGAUUACGUCCGCUACAAGCCAGUCAUCAUCCUGCAAGGGAUCAGCCUCAUCAUCACCUGGCUGCUGCUUGUAUUUGGCCAGGGAGUGAAGGCCAUGCAGGUGCUGGAGUUCUUCUAUGGCAUGGUCACCGCCACUGAGGUGGCCUACUAUGCCUACAUUUACAGCGUGGUCAGCCCCGAACACUACCAGAAAGUGAGCGGCUACUGCAGGAGCAUCACGCUGGUGGCCUACACGGCGGCUUCGGUGCUCUAAAUCCAAGUUUCCUUGGCCAGCCUAUCGUACUUUUACCUCAAUGUCAUAUCCUUGGUCUCCGUCUCUGUGGCCUUUCUCUUGUCACUUUUCCUACCAAUGCCUAAGAAGAGCAUGUUUUUUCAUGCAAAAUCCAGCAAAGAAGUACGGAAGCCACCGAACAAAAACAUGGCGUUAGAGGCAACUUACAAAGUUAACGCAGCAGGCAGCAGAGAGAAACCCACUUCAGAAAUACCCACCAUUUCAGGGAACCUGGAUGGUGGUCCGUCGAGCGGCCUGAUGCCACGAAAUGUAGCGUUGAGUGUUUUUGUGCAGUGGUUCCAAGAUCUGAAGGAGUGCUACUCCUCAAAGCGACUUUUCUACUGGUCCCUGUGGUGGGCCUUCUCCACAGCAGGUUUUAACCAGGUUUUGAACUAUGUUCAAAUCCUGUGGGAUUACAAGGCACCGUCCCAGAGUUCUACAAUCUAUAAUGGGGCAGUAGAAGCUAUUGCAACAUUUGGAGGGGCUCUGGCAGCUUGCACAGCGGGUUGUGUGAAAGUCAACUGGGAUCUCCUGGGAGAGCUGGCCCUGGCGCUGUUCUCAGCAGCAGAUGCAGGUUCUCUACUUCUCAUGAAUUACACGACUAAUAUUUGGGUGUGCUAUGCUGGUUUCAUGAUAUUCAAGUCAAGUUACAUGCUUCUCAUAACGAUAGCAGCAUUUCAGAUUGCUGCUAAUCGCAGCGUGGAACGCUAUGCCCUGGUGUUCGGAAUCAACACCUUCCUUGCCCUGGCGAUCCAGACUGGCAUGACUGCAGCUGUGAUUGACAAACAGGGACUGGGGCUUCCGGUCAGCAUCCAGUUUUUAAUUUAUGGGAGUUAUUUUUCUGUUAUUGCUGGAAUUUUCCUAAUGAGAAGCAUUUACAUAAUCUAUUCAGCCAAAUGCGGAAAGGAAAAAUGUAGGUCUACUACUGGUCAGAAUCCAAGUGAACCGGAGAAUUCAAUGUCUGAUAUGAACACAGUAACACAGUUUUAGCCUGGUCUUUCCUACUAUGGACUCAAAGGACAGACGACUCUGAAAAUGUAUAGCGCUACACUACAUGGCAUUUUAAUUUUUUGUCCUAGAUUGAGAUACCAUAAAAGACAGGAUUAUCAUCAACCUCAUCAACACCACAUCAAAACCUCUGCUAUGGGCUGGUGAACUGGGUACAACCAAAAACUGGAGUCGACUAAGUUGAAACCAGCCAUCUUUAUGACCUCGAUGAGCAACUGGGACCCUAAAUACUGUUUUAAUAUUUUCAAGUCCACCCCAAAAGAACAUGGAAAUCAGAAAAUGGGACCAUCCAGGAACAGAACCAUGAAAUAUACAGAGUGAAUGAUAUAUACUGGCUUUCUGUGCCCAACCUCAUAAUUUGGUUUGAGUAGUAGAUAAAGAAGUUUCUAGUGCAGGCCUGAUGCAUAGUAAAUGAUCAAGGUGUGAUAACAAUUAUUAUUAUGCUCAUACUGUAUACUAGCAAAAAAGUUAGAAUGGGGGAAAUCAUUUAAUUCCUAUAAAAUGAGGCCAAAAAUUUAAGAAAAAAUUUUUUAUUAAACUUUACCAUGACCCUACAUGAAAAGACUGAAUAUUGUAAUGAUUUCAAUUCUUUCAAAUGAAUGGAUAAGUUUGUUGCAAUUUGUGACAGUCAGUCUUAUGUGUCAACUUGACUAGGCCAAGUUCCUUAUUUAUUUAAACAAGUACUAAUCUAUGAUGUAUUUUGCAGAUGUGAUCAAAGUUCACAAUCAGUCGACUUUAAGUAAGGGAGACUACUGUAGAUAAUCUGGAUGGGCCCAAUUCAGUCAGUCAAAAGGCCUUAAGAGCUGAACUGAGCCUUCCCAGAGGAAGGAGAAGUUCCAUCUGAGGACAUGCCUGAGAGUUCUAGCUUACCCAUCCUGAUGGCCUGCCCCAUGAAUUUUGGACUUGGCCUCCCCAGCCCCCACAAUCAAGUAAGCCAACUCCUUGAAAUAAUUUUUUUUAAUGUAUAUCUCCACUGGAUCUCUUUCUCAGGCUGAAUUCUGAUUGAUACAGAUUUUGGUACCAGGAGUAGUUGUAGAGGACAGAUUUAUAAGAACAACUUUUCUGAAGAGUUUCUGGGUUUUCUGGAACUGGUUACCUCAUCUAGUUAUAUUUAAAGCCACUAUGAAUCUGUUUCCAGUCAUAAAGGAGACACCAGUAGUCGGGGUGUGAUGUGGUUUUAGACACCCAAGUGUCACCGUUGGACACUCCUAAUCAAAUACUAUAUUAGUUUCCUAAUGUUCUUAUAACA